AUGGGCUUAUUGUUCACAAAGUUUUGGAGGCUUUUCAACUCUCGAGAUUAUAAAGUCAUAAUUUUGGGGUUGGAUAAUGCUGGAAAAUCUACUAUUUUGUACCAGUUCGUUCUCAAAGAAGCUGUACAGACUUCUCCCACCAUUGGAAGCAAUGUUGAGGAAGUAAAGUGGAAGAAUCUGCAUUUCGUAAUGUGGGAUAUUGGUGGACAGACUUCUGUUAGGGCUUCCUGGACCACAUACUUUGCAGGCUCAGACAUCGAGAGCGUCUAUACCUGA